AUGCCGGACCAAGGCGACCACAAGGUGGUCAUCUCCGGAUGGCUCACGAAGAAAGCGGUCGCGAACACGUUCAGCAGCGGCAAGACGUGGACGCGCCGAUUCUUCGUCCUGAGCGGCGGCGUCCUGCGGUACUACGGCGCCGAGGGCGAUAAUUCGCCGAGAGGCGAGCUCCCAAUCUCCCCGAACAGCGCCGUGCGCGUCCUGGACAGCGAGCAGUCCCUGAGCGACCACGGCCUCGCCGCGAAGAUGAUGGGCAAGCGGCUCUUCGCGUUCCACGCCAUCCCGUGCAAGGGCGAGAAGGACAUCGCGAAGAGCGCGUUCGUGUUGGAGAGCGAGACGUCCGCGCAGUUACACGCGUGGGUGACGGCGCUCUCGGAGUGCAUCGCGGAGACGCGGCAGAAAGCAGCCGCGGGCGUCGCCGCCGGCGGGCCCGGCGUCGAGGCCGCGGGCGUCGUCGCGGGAGGCGACGGCGGCGACGGCGAAGGAAGGGGGAAGGGGGGCGACGGGAAGAGCGGGAAGAACGGCGGCGACGGCGAGUUGGAGAUCUCCGGGAAGAAGAAACGAUUCACCGGCGCGUUGGAACGCGCGGGUUUGUGCGGCCCGCUCGGCGGGCCCGCUAUCCCGCCCGUUCCCGGCGCGGCGUGGGAGACGCCGGCGUUCGUGGACCUCCUCGCGGACGCGAUGCUCACGAAAGAGGCGGUCGAUCGCCGCCGCGCGGCGCUCGCGGCGUCGUCCCCCGACGGCGCGCUGCGGCCGCUCGUGCAAUCGUCCACGGAGGUGGGCCGCGCGCUCGGCGCGAUCGUCAUGCCGACGACUGCGCCGGAGCAGAGCGCGCUGAACGACGCGAGGCAAAACUUGGUCAGCCUCGGCGAUCUCGCGCUGUCGUGCCCCGCGGGCAGCGCGGACAACUCGCGUUUCCUGCACUGGCUCGAGUUGGUGAUCGAACGCGUGCGCAACAUCCCGCGCGGGCGGUGCCUCCUCCUCCCCGGCGGCUGGUGCACGAAACAAGGCGGCCACGCGCUCGUGUACGCGGUGCACCGACGCGAGCACUCGUACUCGCUCGCGGUGUCCAACACCGGGGACGGUUUAGAGUACCACCCGCAGGAGGCGGACCCGGGGAUGGACGGGUACAGAGCCAUGCACACGAUACAGCUGGACGAUAUCGAACCCGGGGUGUUGACGGACACGAGCUCGUGGGCGCUGCUGUACCGCCCGCUGAUCUUUCCAGCCCCGGGGCGGACGCAGAGCGAGUUGAUAUACGCCAAGGUGCUGCCGUUUCUGAACAAGCGGCCGCUGAUGGCGAGCGCGAUGACGAGCGCGAGGAGCGACGGCGCGGGGAACGCGACGCACCCGCUGUCGGCGCGCGCGAGGGGCGGCGACGCGAGCGGCGCGCGGCUCGCGCUCGAGGCUGCGCGCGCGGCGGUCGCGUCCUCGCCGGGCGUCGCGCCUCGGCGCGCGGACGCGCUCGUGGAGAUGGGCACGAGACACGCGCUCUUGGAGUCUACGAUGCAGGACUUGGCGGCGAUUCCGGGACGCGGGCUCUUGGGCGCCGCGCCCGCCGCGGCGCUCGAGUGCGCGUGCCGUACGUUGUCCGCGGUCGCCGGGCCGCACGCGGACGCGCUCGCGGAGACGCCGCCCGGGAUCGCGUCGGGCGUUAACGCCGUCGCGCAGGCGACGGUCGCGGCGCCGCAGCCGCGAUCGCCCGAUCCGUUUGGGGAUCCGUUCGCGCCGGCGGUGAGACACGACGUCGCGCUCACGUCGCAGCCGCGGCCGACGGGACCGGUCGUCGAGCCGGAGUUUCUCGCGCGCGUGAUACGAUGCGUCGAGGGCGUGUUGCAGCGCGUGUCGCAGCUUCGACAGCCGGCGCUGCUGCCGCCGCCACUCCUCAGGAUUGGCCCCGCGGACGUCGCCACCCCGGGCGCGGCGAACGCGAACGCGAACGCGACAGACGUCGGAUUGCCGGACAUGCGGUGCCCGUCCGCGGCGUGCUCCGCGCCACUGUACGGCCGACUCGCGACCGCGAACGACGGCGGGGAGAAAGCGAUCGAGAAGCUCGCGGGAAAGUCGCAGCCGCCGCCGAUCGUGCGCCCGAUCGAGCUCACGCUCGUGCCCGAUCGCGUGAACACGAUAUUGGAGGCGUCCGGGGCGAUGCGGAAGGCGGUGCACUGUUGCGUGCUUCUCGCGAAUCAGAGCGAGUUGCUUCCGAACACGUUCGCGCUGCGCGCGUCGCUUCUCACGCACUUAUUCUGCGCCGUUCUUCCCGCGCCGUUGCCGAUCGAUCACCCGCGCCGGCGCGAGAAGUGCUUCUGGGCGUCGAAGACGGUGCGGUACGAGACCCAAGCGGAGCUGCUGCGGUGUCUGCGUCUGUCGUUGCAUCACUUUACGUCCACGGCGUUGUCGCUCACCGCGACGCGGUCGUUCGACGCCGCGCGGCUGCUCUCGCUCGCGUCGCUCGCGUCCAUCGCGGACGCGGUGAUGCGUUUACGAGUAACGGACCACCCGAGUCCGUUUUGCACGCACUACGCGGGCGAAGCGGACGGACCGGUGUCCCCGUUUGGGUUCGAGAUGGGCCCGUUCGGCGUCGAGGCGGAAUACCUCCGGUUUCACUGCCCGGAGAGGACCGGCCGGUUGACGCAAGUCCUGGACUACUUUCACGGGAUGAAGCACACGGUCGCGACGGAUCAUCUCAUCUUCCGAUGGGAACGGUCCACGGAGUUUGGCGAGGGCGACGGGCUGUUACUCAAGCAAGUCUGCCUUCAGAUGGGCUUCCCGAUGACGGACGAGGAGCUUCCGUUUUACCUCUCCGGCGAGAGCAGGGAGCUCGGAGAUAACUACCCGGAACUCACCACGAUGCGAGACAUCGUGUUCAUGUUCAAGGCGAUGAUGACCCCCACGAGCGACUCCUUACCGGAGCUUCGACGGUGGCGACCGCGCGACGCGGCGCUGUGGUGGAAGUACAAGCCCGGCGAAGGGUUCGACGUCCACGGGUUCAACCGUAAGCUCGAGGUGCUCGCGUGGAAAGAAGGCGACGCCGGGGAUAAGGGCACCGGGUGGCUGUCCGCCCUCGGCGGCGGGUUCCUCGCGUCGCUGUUCGGGAUCGAUCGCAGACCGCGGUGCCCGCCGUCGGGGGGGAACCCGAGCAACCUCGCGGGCGAACGCGUGGACACGGAAGAGGACGUCUUACACCUCAAGGACCUGCCGACGUUUGACGGUUUGCUGCGGCCGAGCGAGAGCGAGCUCUUGCUGACGUAUCUCACGGCGCCGUACUUGAGAAUCCCGCUCGCGCUGCGGCACUUCGCGGACCCGCAACGCGUCCGCGCGCUCGGGCACAAGCAGAUUCAGGGCGUCCUCGACGCGUGCUUCUUCGAACCCGGACCGUGGCAGCCGCCCGGUACGGUCGCCGUCCCCGCAGAAAUCCCCGCGCCGUCGAGAGCGCACAUGGCCACCCCGGCCGGACUUCUCCUGCACGAGCUCUCGAACGCGCCCGCGCCGCUCGUGGACGCCGCGGAGGAGAUCCUCGCGCUGUCGUUGGAGCUCGACACCGGGCGUCACGACGCGCCCGUCGCGGCGGGGGUGCUCUACGCCGCGCGUCUCAUGACGCGCAUGCACGCGUUCGUGCGAUACCUGCUCACGGAGAGCGGGUGGGGCGAUCAAGUCGACGAGGCCCCGCUCGCGGCGUUCGAUGAUCCGACGUGGGAGCCCGGGGAGGGGACGGAGGAUCACACCUCGCGCGGGUGCGGAGGGUGGAGCGGCGGGUCCGGCGCGCGCGGGGUCCGGUGCCCGGGCCCCGCGGCGCGGCCGUUGCUUCACGCCGCCGCGCGUUUACGAGCCGCGCUGGACGACAGAGUGCGUCCGACGCUCCGACGGUGGCUCUCCGGCGCGGUGCGAAACGGCGCGACGAAGGCCGCGUGCGUUCUGCACGCGCACUUGGCGUAUCUGCACUGGUCCACGCCGUCGUGGAGGCUCGAUCGCCGCGCGACGCAGACGGUGCUCACGGCGCAGGCGUACAUUCUCGUGAAUCACUCGUUCCACGACGCGACGGAGGGCGGGGCGAAAUUACGCGGCGGGAAAAACGACGGCGGCGACGUCGACGAGGGCUUAGGGUUCGCGCCGACGGAGAUAUUCGAUCUGUUCCAACGGCAACGCCGAGGCGUCUUGACGUGGAUGCGGAACAACCCUGAGCUCGCGGACGCGGUGUUGGAAGAAGUCGUCAGCGUGCUCACCUUAAACAGCAGCGGGGACGAUUACGAGCGCGAGCAUCAGGCGCUCCUCGCCGCGGCCGGCGGAAGCGGCGCCGCCGCCGGAGUCGGCGCGGGCGGGAACAUGUGGAGCGAGAUCGGGGACUGGUUCGGUGAUAAGGUGGAUAAGCUCAAGAAGAAAGGGAAAGGAGGGAAGGACGCGGCGCCGUCGGACGACGAGGCGGCGAUCGCGUCGCUGGAGGCGGGCGAGAGCGAGGCGACCGAGUCCGCGGCGGGGCCCCGCGGGAAAUCCAUCGACGAGCGCAUCGCCGUCGCGUCGAAAAAAGCGACGGACCGGCGCUGGGUCCAGGUCCCCGGCCCGGGCGGCGCCGGACGCUUCAUCCCGGAGACGGAGGCUGCCGCGGCGGCGGCCGCCGCGGGCGUGCCCCUCGUCGUCCGCCCCGCGAAGGGCACGGAUCCGAUGGACGUCGCGUCGUCGUCAUCGUCCGCGGCGGCGGACGCCUCCUCGCUCGGCGCGAAAGAACUCACCGGCACGGCGGCGGUGUCCGUAAACGCACGAGCCGCGGGCGUUUCCUACGAAGAAUGGAUGCGAUCCGUCACGACGAUGGCGGUCGACAUGGAGAUCAACGCGCAGCUCGGGGAGUUUACCGUGCGCAAGAACCGACUCAAAGCGCUGCAGUACAGCGUCCGAGAGAUGCCAGACUUCACCGCCGCGCUGGGCGCGACGCUCGCGAACGAAGCCGACGCCGCCGGGCCGAGGGAGCGAUCCAUCGUCAUCGGCGGCGGCACCGACGGCGGCGGCGACGGGCGACGCCGCGGCGGCAGAGGUGGCAGAGGCGACGAGGCCGGCAUCGAUGGCGGCGGCGUCGAGAGCGGCUCCGACGACGACGACGACGACCGAAGCGGCGAGGAGCUCGUCGUGCACUGCGCGGAGGUGAAGCGCACGGAACACCGGCUGUGGAUGCGUCUCGUCGGGUUACGACACGACGUCCAGCUGUGGGACCAAGACCGCCGGUCGCCGCCGAACCCGUUCAUGCGACGGUACAGCCCGUUAUUCAGCGACGCGGACAUCGCGGCCGGGCUCGCGGGCGCGUUCACCGCGCUCACCGCCGCGGUCGGCGCCGCCGGUUUGGCCGAGAGCGAACGCUGGAUCGCGGAGCGCUUGGACCCCGUCGUCGCCGGCCCCGCGGCGGGGUAUCUCGCCGGCGUGGAGCUGUUUCUCCCGAUGCGAACCGUGAACGGCCCGAUCGCGCACUUAGCCGGGUACGCGAAGCUCCCGGACGGAGACGGCAUGAGCGGGAGCGUGUACAUGGGCGCCCCGACGCGGGACUACCCGGGAGACGGCGACGACAGCGAGGACGACGACGACGAGCACGAUUUAGACGCGCUCGCGGCGUCGGUCGACGGCGACGGCAAAUCCGUUGCGGCGGACCCUAAGAAGAGCCCGUCCAAAAAGAAGGACCCGUCCAAGAAAAAGAAGAAGGACAGCAAGGGAAAGAAGACCAAAGACGCGCACGAGCGCGGCGGCGCGCUGACCGAAGUGGUCGUGUUGCGAGACCCCCCGCUCGUGCAGGUGUUUCGAGUGGAGUCGCACGGACGAAAAUGGCGCAGAGCGCUCGUGUUCGCGUCCAGCGCGUCGUGGUGCCUCGCGGAUGUCGAUCCAGACGGCGCGCCGGCGUUGGAGGACCCCGCGGAGCGGUAUUUACUCUCCGCCGCGCGCCUGGGCGCCGCCGCGUCGUCGCUCGUCGUCACGCGUCAUCUCUCCGCGGCGCAAGGACGGCAGCAGUUCGUGCCCGCGCGGCAUCUUCGCGGUCUCGUUCCCGCGGCGCUUUUGCGAGAUUAUGUCUUCUGGCAAACGCCGGACGGCGACUUCUACGGCGACCCGCGUCCGACCGCGAGCCACCCGAACACGAUGAUCCACGCGAAGCUCGUCAAGGGCGCGGGCGCGGACAGCGGCGGGACGAGCGGCGGCGACGCCCUGAGCGGCGCGAGCGGGGAGUACGCCGCGGUCAUUCGCAGGAUUCCGCUUCGCACCGCCGCGCGCGGCGACGGCGGCGACGACGCCGACGCCGACGCCGCCGACGCGUCCACGUCGGGCGCCGACCAGACGACGGGCGUCGCCCCCGGGUCGCUCGUCCCCGACGGCUUCAUCCCCGGGCAGCUCACGCUCGUCGAUUUGCUCUACGCCCCCGCGGUGCUCGCGUCCGCGGUGGACGCGAGCGACCCGUCGAGGUCGUCGCCGAGGGCCAAGGCGGCGACUGCGUUGCGGUCGCUCGCGCGGUGCCUCGCCGCCGUGGAGGGCCUCGCGCACUGCCUCGCGUGGACGGCGUCGCCGGUGGACGCGAAAGCGGUGGCGAGCGGCGGCGUCGGCGGCGACGGGCUGCUGGGCGUCAUCGGCGCGAUGACGUCGCAGUCGAUCAACGACGCGGGGACCCCCGCGGUCGUCGGCGUGGAUCGGAUCGAGCUCCCGCGUUUGGGCAUCUCUUUCCGCGCCGCGCGGCGCGACGACGGCGUCGAGGGCCCCGGCGGCGUCCGGCUCGAGUGCGAAGAGCACGCGGGCUUGUUCCUCAGCGCGCGACGAUCGCCGGACCUCGACGCGUUGCUCGUCGGGCUGCCGCACGCGCUGCUCCUGGAAGCGCGCGACGGCGCGCUCAGCGUGCUGCUUCCCGCGGGCGCCGCGCCGCGCCCCGCGCUCGAUCGCGUCGUGAACGCGAAGCCUGGUCAAGUCAAAGACCUCUCCGUCAAAGCCGCGGAGGAAGCCGCCGCGGUGGGCACGAAGGGUUUCGGAUGCGACAUGGUCCUCGACCGCUGGGACGCGGAGUGGACGAGGAACGCCGCGGGCGGGGGCGGGCAUUACGUCUACCCCGUGCAUCCGUCGCACGCGACGAUGCGCGCGAAUUCGUUGCCCGCGGCGCUGUACUUGACCCUGUUGCGGUUCCUCGCGCGUCGAUACGUCGACGUCGUCAAGCUGAGCGAUCUGUGCGUCAGCGAGAGCGCGCCGACGCCGGAAGUGGCGCAGCUGUGGCACGCGUUCGCGGGCGUCGCGAACGAUCCAGCCCCGGACGCGACGGCGGCGCGCCUCGCGCUCUCCGCCGCGGCGUUCAACACCCCCGCGGAGGCGUUGCUGCCGUGGGAGACGUACCACGAGCUCGCGAAUUACGUCUCCACGUGGCGCCACGUCAGCGCGUCGUGCCGCGCGCCGCCCGACGAAGAGCGCGUGUUGUUGGACGGGUAUUCCACGGAGGUGGAAAAAGUGCCGCUGCUCGCGAAUCGCGCGUCGUAUCUGUACAUGCGAUCCGGCGCGCCCGAGGACGCCGUCGUCGGGCACCCGAAGCUCGACGACGGCGGCGGCGGGAUAGGCGGCGCGACGACGUCGGGCGCGUCCUCGCCCGUAUGUCCGCUCGCGUACCCCGAAGCCCCCGCGCACGGGGCGUUUGACACCGUGGACGACCGGUCGUGCCUCGAGGAGGGCGUCUCCGGAGAAGGACCGCUCGGACGUCUCGCGUCGCUCACGACCAACUUCCCGACGUUCGAGGAGAAGGAUCUCAUCGGCGAAGCCGGGUUGAAAAAAGUCGGCGAGUGGAUCGAAGCCGGGUCGCUCGCGCUCGACGGCGCGCACGGGUUUCCGCUACUGUACGAACUCCUAAACUCCACGGUGCCGCUUCGGAUCAUCCCCACGGACGAUCCGUUCCGAUGGGGCACCGCGCUGAUUCGAUUCGUUCCCCCCGAGCAGAGCAUGAAACGCGGGACGCUGAUGUCCAUGCUGCGCAUCCUAUCCUCUUCGCCGUAUCUCGCGAAGCAAGCGCCGAAGGUGGAGGAGCGCGGCAUGGGCGCCAAGUUCGCCGCGGUGUUCACCUCCGACGGCAGCAUCGGCCAGCUCAUCAAGCGCGUGCAGCCGUACCUGAGGGACAAGGCGCGAGGCAUCGGCGGGUUACCGCCGUCCACGGCGGCGCAGUGGCAGCAACGCGGCGCGAUGUAUUCGCCGCCCGGCGAGGUGGCCGUCCCCGACCGCGCCGGACCGCGCGGCGUCGCGAAGGACGCCGCGCGGUGGGCGCUGCCGACGUUUCCAAACGCCGCGUGCGGGAGACGACGGUUCCCGCUCGCGCAUCACCUCGGCGGGACCGCGGGGCCGUGGGGCGGGCCGAACCUCAACGCGGUCGACCUCGCGUCUCUCGUAGAUCAACCGCUCGCGCAGCUCCCGCUCGAUCGGUACUUUGAAACCGCCGCGGGCGCGGGCGAUUCGAUCGACGUCGAGGCGGCGCGGAUGGCGAAGUGUCUCGACGACGCGGACCCCGCGAUGGUCGGAAGCAUGGCCGGGUUGCCGUUCAGCGUCGGGCAGCACGCGGCCGCGGCGACGCCCAUCGCGCGCGCGACGUUGAUGCGGCUCAAGACGGACGUCCGCGCGGCGGUGGACGCGGCGAAGGGUGCGCAUGAUGCGAAGGGUGCGUCCACCGACCGCUUCGCGCGCGCGCAUCUGAAGCACUUGAGCCCGUCGGACGCGAUCGCGAUCGCAGAGGAGGCGACGAGCGCCGCCGAGAGCGGCGCGGAUCACGCGAAGCUCGAAGCCGCCGGGUUCGGGAUCGGCGGCGCGAAGACGACGGCGGCGAAGAAUUUCCUGCUCGCCGUCUUGAAAGACAUACGGCAGCUCAUCGCGAAAGACCAGGCCGCGGCGACGGAGGCUGCCGCGGCGGCGACGUCCACCGCGAACGGAUUAUCCAGGGAUCCGUCCGCGGCGCGGGGGAUGCUUCGUUUGGGGCUCAACCGACGCAGCGGCGCGUGGGCGGAGACCACCUUCGACGACCUCAUCGAAGGCCUUCUGUGCGACGGCGGAGAGAAAAUCUUGGCGAGGAUCACCCCGGGCGUGACCGAGCGGAACGCCGCGGAGGCGCUGCAUCUCGCCGCGGAGGCGCUGCUGUUGACGUCUCGCGCCGCGCACGCGGCGAAAGCCGCCGCCGCUGCGGAGGACGCGAUCAAGGCGGUGACGACGGCGGCGAAAACCAUCGCCGCCGCGGCGACGCCCACCGCGGGCAAAGAAGCCUGCGUCUUUGGCGUCUCUCUCGCCGCGAAAGCGCUCGCGGAUCUGCUUCGCACGCGGCGGUACUACUUCGACGUCGAACAGCCCGGGGACAAGAUGAUGUCCGGGGAUUUCGGCGGAAUGAGCGUGAGGACGUACGACCCGCGCAUGCUCGUGUUUGAGUACGCGCAGAUUUUGAUUCUUCGCGAGCGGCAAGUCGGUCUCGUGCGCGACUUUACGAACGCGGCGAACAGCGGCGGCGCGGAGUGCGCGCAGAUGCUCAUGGGUGAAGGUAAAACGACCGUGGUGUGUCCGUUACUCGGGUUCAUGCUCGCCACGAAAGACAUGCUCGUGUGCCAGGUCGUCCCGCAGAGCCUUUUGGAGUUUUCGCGCGGGUGCCUUCGCUCCGCGUUCGCGGGCGUCGUCCGAAGAAGCGUUUUAACGCUUCGGUUCGAUCGGUUCACACCGCUGACACCCGCGCCGCUGCUCGCGCUUCGAAAAGCCAAGAGCGCGCGGGCGAUCGUCGUCACGACGCCGACGGCGCUGAAGUCUCUGUGCUUAAAAUACCUCGAGUGCGCGCACCUCCUGGAUCAAUCCUACGUCGCCACGAUCGAAGGCAAACAAGUCGGCGAUACCCUCGGCACGUUCGGCCGCCUGUUCGAAGGCGCGAGCGAGUACCGAAGCCGAAGCGAGCGCGUUUCGGAGGCGGGCGGGUUAGCCCCCGCGGAGAUCGUCGCGCUGAGGAAAGAAGGCGCGAUCGCGGGGGAGAUGAUGAAGCUGUUCCAGCGGUCCGGGACGCUCAUCUUGGACGAGGUGGACCUCAUCUUGCAUCCGCUGAAAUCCGAGCUGCACUGGCCGUUAGGCCGCCGCGUGCCGUUGGACUUCAGCAAGAGCCGAAGCGGCGACGGACUGCGGUGGAAACUUCCGUUCUUCCUCCUGGACGCGAUAUUCGCGACGGCGCUGCGGAGGCCCGCGGCGGAGGAGGCGAAAGGCUCCAACGACGCAGCUGCGAUUUUACAAAAAGUCGCCGCCGCCGUGAGAGACGCGGUGAAGAACAAAGGCGUCCAGAGCACCCCGCACGUCGUCCUCCUCGACAGGCAGUGGUACGGCGACACGCUCAUGCCUUUACUCGCGGAGUGGGCGGAGCUGUGGCUCAGGGUCCACGGCGCCGCGCGAGGGAUCGCGGAUCAUCACAUGCACGCGUACCUGUGCCGGACUAAGGGCGCCGCGGACGCCGCGCGCGUCAUCGAAAAAGAAGCCGAGGACGAGAGCCUUAAGAUGAUCAACCUCGCGCGCGAUUGGCUCACGGCGCUGCUGCCGCACGUGUUGUCCAAGAUCAACCGCGUGUCGUACGGGCUGUUGUCCGCGAAGGACGUGAAGCUGUUAGAAGAGGCGAACGGCGGGAUGCGCGUGCCGACGAACCGACGGCUUCUCGCGGUGCCGUUUUUAGGGAAAGACAUCCCGUCGCAGACGAACGAGUUUUCGCACCCGGACGUCGUCAUCGGUCUGACGAUCUGCACGUACCGCCACGAGGGUUUGCGCCGCGGCGAUUUCCGGCAAGUUCUCAGGAGCCUCCUCGAGCAGCUGGAGACGGAAACCGGGCCGCAAGGGAAGCGCCCGAGCGCGAAAAAGUGGGCCAACUUUGUUCGCUACACCGGCCGCCGCGUCCGCGGCGAAGCGCGCGAAGAAGCCGCCGCCGCCGCGCGUCGCACGGGCGCGUCCCUGAAAGCGACGACGACCGCCAUCGGCGCCUCGCGCGCGGUCAUCGCGUCGCACUCGCGCAGCUCGUCCUCCUUGAGCGGAUCGUUAUACUCCCUCAAAGACGCCGCCGCGAACGAGGCGACGGCGAAGGACGAAGACGCCAAGGCGCGCGCGCAAGCCGCCGCCGCGUUGCUCGCCGCCGCGGAGAGCGAAGUGUGGCCGUUGCAGCUCGUGGACUUGCGCGACGCGGACCAGGUCGAGGAGCUGUAUCAACUCUUGCGAAUGACCCCGGAGGUGAUUGAUUUCUACCUCAACGACUUCAUAUUCCCGAAGACGGCGCGGCAUCAAGGCUUGAAGCUCAGCGCCACCGGUCAAGAGCUCGGCGGCGACCUCGUGUUCCCGCGGCGACUCGGCUUCAGCGGCACGCCCGCGGACUUACUCCCCUUGGAGCUCGGCACCCCAAAGUUCGAGCUCGGCACGGACGCGAAAGUCCUCGCGACGUUGACCGACCACGACGUCGUCGCCACGAGGGAAAUCCCCCCGGGGUGGGACGUCCUGUCGUUGCUUCGAACGAUCGCCGCCGCGGACCCGCCGAUUCACGCGCUCGUGGACACCGGCGCGCUCAUCACGAACCUCUCCAACCUCUCCGUCGCGCGGUUCCUCCUCGAAAACGGACUCAAGUGGGCCGAGGGCGUCGUGUUCUUAGACGAGGGCGAUCGUCAGAUGGUAUUGAUGCGCAAAGGCUGGGCGGUCACCCCGCUCGCGCGCGUCGCCGCGUUGGACAAGAGCAAGCGAUUUUCGUUUUACGACCAGGUGCACACGACGGGGAUGGACAUCAAGCAAGCCCCGGCCGCGCGCGCGGCGCUGACGCUCGGGAAGGACAUGACGCUGCGAGAUUACGCCCAAGGCGCGUGGCGCAUGCGACAAAUCGGCCGCGGGCAGCGUCUCGAGCUGUUCAUCGUCCCCGAGGUGAAGAAGCUCGUCGAGUCCGCGGCGGCGGCGGGGGAGGGGCGCACGGCGAGCGCGCGCGCGGCGGAUGCGGCCAAGAUGGGCGCGUCGGAGCGCGCGCGACGAAAGCUGAGGGACGUGCUCGCGUGGCUCGUCGUGAACGGCAUGCGCGCGGAGAACGUUCAGGCGGGGUUGCUCGCGGAGCAGCGCGCGGCGAACAUAUGGAGGAAGCACGCGUACAGAAACUUGCUGAGGCUCGGCGUGGGCGCGUUUGGCGGCGCUCGCGACGCGAAGAACGCGCAGAAAUUUUUGGACGUCUUUCGCGAGCGCGUCGCGUACGUCGUCUCGAACGCCGUGCCGAAAGGGUCGUUCGCGUCGAAGCGCCUCGCGCUCGCGGUCAGCGAGCACUCCGCGCUGUUGAUCGACGACGCGAAAGCGUCGCGGGCGCUGCAGGACAUCCUGCGCGACGUCGCCGCGACGGAGGAGUCGACGGCGGCGUUGCGCGCGAAGCUCCGCGGCGGCUCUGGCUCCGGCUCCGGCUCCGGCUCCGGCGCCGCGGAUCUCAUAGAUCUCCUCGCGUGCGCGGGGAAAGCGCCGGACGCGGACGAGCGCGCGGCGGCGGAGAACGAUAACCCGGAAGGCGGCGUCGGCGGCGUCGGCGACCGCGAGCGCGCGCUCGACGGCGAGCAAGUCCAGGAGCAAGAGCAAGAGCAGGAACAGGAGCAGGAGCAAGAGCAAGAGAAGGAGGAAGAGAAGGAGGAAGAGAAGCACCCGGAGGAGUUCGAGAAGCUCAAGUACAGCCGCGACGACGAGACGCAGGUUGGGUGGAGAGUGGACACGCUGUGUCACGAGCCGGAGACGAACUCUCAGGGGUUCCACCCGCUCUCCGAGUUCAAGCUGUAUCGCGGCGUCGCGAACAAGACGACAGAGGCGCUCGCGUUUCCGAAUUACAUGUACCUCUCGAAGAAUUAUUUUAAAACCGGGUGGGCGCUGAACUCGCAUCGAAGGCUGAAGAACCUGAUCGUCGUCAUGGACUGGGUCCCGGACACGCCGAGCACGUACAUCGACGACGAAGUCGCCGUGGACGCGGAAGAGGUGGAGAAGAACGCGCUGGAGAAAUUCUACGACGACGCGACGGAUUUCGCGGAAGGGUUGGUGAAGACCAAGCGGAAGAAAAAUUGGACGCCUCGGAAGCUGACGCCGGACCAAGAAGCCGGCCUGCAGUCCGCGUUCGUGCUGUUCGACGACUCCGGAUUGGGCCGCCUCGACGAGAGCCAGCUCAUGGAGGUUCUGCGGUCCUCGGACGCGAACGUCGGCGGCGACGAGAAGCGACUCGCGGAGCUCGCGAGAAGAAUCGCGGAAACUGCCGCGGGCGGCCCUGACGCGGGCGUCACGCUCGAAGACCUCAAGAACGCGGUUCGAAACUUCAACAUAUACGGCCUCCAAGAAGGGCGAUACUACGUCGCGCUGUCGCUCGCGGAGGCGGAGUCUUUGCGCGCGGCGAUGCACGCGGCGAAGCGAGAGCGUCUGGAAGGCAGCAGCGACGGAAAGCUCGUGCCGUUUCAAGAGACGGAGGUGGGGCUUCGAUUCGCGUGCCCCGGCGGCGGCGGCGCCCUUCUCGAAGCCACCGCGGGCUACCGCCCCGCGGAGCUGUUCCAAGCCGCGACCGCGACGCAGUGCUUCCGGUUCGUGGACUCCCAGGUUGACUUCGAGGACCACGAGGUGAGUUUGCUGUUGCGCGCGCUGCAAAAGUCGCCGUGCGAACGCCGCGCGGAAUUUUUCGAACGCGUCCGCGCCGUGCGUCGACGCGUCAACGUGCCGUGGCAAGCGACGCCGCUCGCGCGCGCGCUCACGACCGCGGACGAGUUCGCGCUCCUCGCGUCGCGCGCGACGUCCGCGCGCGUCAGAGCCGCGCUGCGGAGGAAUAAGAUGCGGCUGCUCGACGCGUUCCGCGCGUUCGACGGCGAGCAAUUGGGGAGGCUGUCGUACGAAGGCCUCUACGGCGGGCUCACGUGGUUGGGGAUGGACAUCACGCCGACGCAGAUGAUGGAGCUCGCGGGGAAGAUCGACGUCACCGGGGACGGGUUCGUGACGUACGAGGAGUUCGUCGCCGCUUUCGGGCCGGACGAUUACUGCGACGACGACGACGACGACGGCGGCGGCGGCGGCGGCGGCGGCGGCGCGAGGUCGUCGUCGGCGGGCGCGUCGCUGUCGCUCAUGGACUCCGGCCCGGCCACCGGCGCGUCGCUCAUGGACGGCGGCGUCGAGACCGGGUCGCUCGCGCCGCCGAGCGCGGUCGUCGACCCGCUCGGUGCCCUCGGCGGCGGCGGCGGCGACAUGGACGGCUGGGGCGGCGACGACGACCUCAUCAACUGGGACGGUCCCACCGGCGCCGGGCGCGUGCGCAUCGAGGCGCGAUCGCUCGCGGGGAAAAAACCGCCGCCGAAGAGCCCGACCAAGUCAGGGUCAGCCUCGAGCGCGUCGUCCGACUCUUCUUCCUCUCUUCCGCUGUCGAGGGAGACGCUUUCCGCGUUCCGCCUCGGGCUCAAGACGCACGCGACGUGGACGAAGCUGUGGACGUCGGAGGGUACCGGGUCUCGCCGCGCCGCGUCGUUUUGGACGCCAAAGAUGGAGACGAGCUUCACGUCUCGCAACCGCGACCGCGGGUGCUUGGGUUCCUACGUCGUCGCGUCGCUCUCCGACCCGUCGAGCGGUUCCGCGGCGAAGACGCAGCCGAGCUUGGUGCUGGAACUCGUGGACAACAAGACGUGGACGAUGUCCGCGUCGACGCACAUGCAACGCGUCGUCGACGCGUUGUUCCCGCAUCCGGUGCGGUACCGGCAAGUGUGGGGGCACGAGUGGAAGCACGCGGCGGCGUACGCGUGGGCGCCCGUGCCGCCGCCCGGGUUCGCGUGCGUCGGAAUGGCGCUCACGCCGAGCUCGGAGCCGCCGGAGUUGGAGAGCAUGCGGUGCGUCCCGGAGCAGUGGACGUGCGCGCCUUCGUUCGCGCCGCGAUUGAUUUGGGAAAACGGCGGCGCGGGGGGGCGGCCCGCGAGCGCGUGGAUCGUGAACUCGUUGGGGACCGCGCACGUCGUCGCCGGGCACGAGCCGCCGGCGGCGUCGAGCGUGUUGGACUUGAAGUCCCCCUCGUAUUUGCUUCCGGAGCAGAUUUUAGCGCCGGGGAGCGCGCUGGCGCCGGCGUUGAAGGGCCGCGCGGCGAUGUUUCAAUCCGUCGCGGAGGAGCAAAAGAGCGCGUUCGGCGGCGGCGGCGGCGGCGGCGGCGUGUCCGCCACGUCGGCCAAGAGCAUCAGCGGUGGUGGAGGUGGAGGAGGAGGAGGAGGAGGAGGAGGGUACGGCACGAUGGGCGCGGCGCCGGCGCUGUCCGCGGCUGCCGCCGGCGGCGGCUCCGGCGGCGACCUCCUCAGCGCGAUGACGAGCGGGGAUUGGCUCGACCCCCCGGAGCCUUCUUCUCAAAAGGCAAAGUCCGGCGGCGGGAUGAAGCUCGGGAGCGGCGUCCCGGACGAGAAGGCGUUCCUCGACCUCCUCAACGAGCCCGCUCCUCCGAAGAUCCAGCCGCCGCCGCCGCCCGCCGCCGCGCUUUCCGGCGGCGGAGCGGACGUGAACCCGUUCGCGCGGUUCGACAUGGCGACGCCGGCGCCGGCGUCCACGACGGGCGUCGCCGGUCCUCUCGGAGGCGGCGGCAUCGACCUCCUGACCGGAUCGCCCGUGCAGCCGCAACGCGCGGCGCCGGCGCAGGUUGCGCGGCCGUGGGUCCCGCCGACGAUCGAUCGCGCGCCGCGGGCGCCGGCGCCGGAGCUGGAUCCGCUCGGCGCGCUCGGGGCGGCGCCGGUGCGGCACAAAGAAGAGCCGAAGUCGACGUUUUUCGGGUCGAAGGCUCGGAAACAAGAGAAGAAGAAAGACUGA